AACAAACAAUCUGAUGAUUACUAUAAAAUAAAAGUGGUUGAGAUAGAAUAAUAAUUAUGUUUAGAGGUGAUAAUCCACAUUCUUUAAGCUAUGAGCAACAAGCUAAAUUUAUUCAGGAUCGAAUCACAAACGUUGAGAAGAAUUUCGGGGAACUAUGUGUUGCAUUUGGUGAUUAUACUCGGAAAACGGCAAGAUUACGGGAUAUGGGAGAUGAACUAAUUAAAGUUAUAAAGGAUUACGCCAACAAUGAAAUCGUUAACAAGUCCCUUAGUAGCGGCUUGGAAAAUCUGUCUACUACAUUAACUGCCAUUGAAGAAUAUCGGAACUGCGAAGUACAGCGUUUGGAAGCAAAGGUAAUAGGUGAGCUGUGCCAAUAUGAAACAAUUUGUAAACAUGCCAGGGAGGAGCUGAAGCACACAAUGAACGUUCGUGAAAAGGAACUGGCACGCAAGAAAGUACUCGACAAAGCGAGGGAGAGACAGCCUUUUAACAGACAGCAAGUUACGUAUGCUGAAUCAGAAUUACUGAAAGCUUCAGCAGAAAUGUCUCGUACUGCAAAAGGCUUGAGUGAACAAACUGAGUUCUUCGAGCGUCGCAAGCUUCAGCAGCUGAAGACUCUUUUAUCAGAUUUCGUCAUGAUUGAAAUGAGUUUCCAUGCAAAGGCAGUGGAGCUACUGACUGUUGCGUAUCAACAAAUCAGUGACAUCAAUGAUAAGGCCGAUCUGGAACGCUUGACUACAGGUCUUUCAGAUAACGAGGACCCAAUGAAUUUCAGAAGGAAGCUACGAUCGCCGGAGAAACAAGCAAACCCUGGAAUGACAGCAAGGUCUUCCUCACUGGCGUCUCUUAUGAACCUUCACUCCCCUUCGAAUGAUGAAGACUCCGUGAAUGCGCGAAAGUUGAAGUCUCCUGAAAAGUACGGUAAUUCGGACUUGGCCAGAUCCAGCUCUUUAGCAGCACUCAUGAAUAACUCGCCGACGAAACAAGAAGACGAAACAUCUGAAUCUGAGGAAACUGAGGAUGAAAGUUCUUCUGAAGAGACUGAAUCGCGCUAAUAUGUGUGAUGGAAGAUUUUGACUAGGUUUUACUUAAGAAAAAUACAAUAAGAAUGUUGUUUUAGCGUAUGUACACUUCAAAAUAAUACACUUUCUAAAUCGA